AGUAGGCAAUUGUCAGCGAUAGCGCGCAUGUGAAAACGAACGAGUGAAAUUGUUUUUUGCGUCAGGAGAUAUUACAUGACGAAGAAAUCCGAGCUACAAAAUAAUUCGUCGGAUAUUUUAAGUAAUACUUAAAAAAGAGAACAAAACAAUGCUUCGAGCGCGCUCGCAAAGCACCUUGUACGAGCAGGAAGCAAAGUUUGUACAAGACCGCAUAACGGGCGUGGAGAAACACUUCGCUGAACUAUGCACGAUAUUUGCGGCGUUCACCAGAAAAGCUGCCAGAUUGCGCGAUAAAAGCGACGAGCUGGCUAAAAUAAUACAAACUUAUGCAGACUCGGAAAUCAUAAAUCGAUCACUGAGUACUGGACUCGUAAAUUUUUCCGCAACGUUAUCGGUUAUCGGCGAUUAUAGAGAUGCAGAAGUACAAAGAUUGGAUGCUAAAGUGAUUGUACCUCUUUCACAAUAUGCAACAAUUUGCAAGCAUGCUCGCGAAGAUGUGAAAAAUACUUUUGCAGCACGCGAUAGAGAACUUACGAGACGAAGACAUUUAGACAAGGUUCGAGAAAGAAAUCCCAGAAACCGUCAAAUGAUAUCGCAAGCCGAAUCGGAACUCACAAAAGCAUCCAUUGAAGUAUCCCGAGUGGUAAAAGGACUAGAGGAACAGAUCGACUCAUUUGAACGACGAAAGUUACACGAUAUUAAAUCUAUACUUUUAGAUUUUGUCACCGUCGAAUUGAGUUUUCACACAAAGGCCCUUGAACUUUUGACCAAAGCAUAUCAAGAUGUUGCAGCUAUUGACGAAAUUAAAGAUAUCGAGGACUUUCAAAACGCGAGAGGAGAGAUGAAUGGGGAUUUUCGAGACACAAUGCGAGUUCCCGAUUCUGUUGCAAGAUUGGACACGGUAGGCAGAACUUCGUUUCGACAAGCUUACUCUUUAACAAACCUGGCCACUCGAUUCGCAUCGUCACCCGUGGCGUCGCAGAAAUUGAUUAAGGAUCGAGGAACCGAAUCUGCGGAUUCCAUACGGACCGCAUUGACAAAUUCUUCCGAGUCGGUUCAAGUCGAAGAAUAUCCGGACAGCACAGAAGAGACGGAGUCGGAAUCGAUUCAAGAGAAGCCUGUGAGAACUAGGCAAAGAUCUAUGUAGUUUCAAACAUUCUUUUAAUUCCCUUGCCUUUGUAUCUUUUUUAGAAAAGAGUGUCGAAACACGCCGGAUACAAAGUAAAGAAACGCUACAUUCUGAGACCCGUUCCAGCGAUCCCUGCAUGUCAGAGGUCCUUAAUGUCGUCUAUAAUAUAUCGUAUACCUUACAAACUGAAUCAGACAAAGUAAACAAUAUUCUGUGGAAUAUUUUUUCUGGAAGAAUGCUUAUUUGUACUCUUUGUAUUAGCUUCAAGAGUUCAUAUAGAUGCGCAGUAUUGUUUUGAAUAAGAUAAGACAAAAGAAGCUUCUUUAAGAUAGCAUUAAGAGACAACAUAAAACCGUACUGCGCUGGAAGCUACGUAAUGUAAUCAUUAAAUAUUUCAAUUGAUAUUUUAAUUAGUCAUAAUGAGUUUUAAAAAAAUAAUAUUAAAAUAUGUUUCUAAAAAA